AUGAUGCUGGCGACGACGUCGACCCAGCGCCUGCGCCGCGAGGCCGCGUCGGCGCUGCGCGACCCUCGGCAGGCCCGGCGACUGCACUUGCUGCAGCAGCAACUGGGAAGCUCGCUGCAGCGCAACGGCGUGCGCGGCGUGCUCCGCGGCGCGCAGCAGAACCCGGCGGUGAUGCGCCAGGCGAUGCAGUCCACGCGCCCGCACUCGUUCCUGCGCAAGCCUGCUGCGGAGAAGCCGCUGAGCUGGGCGACGUGGCUGCAGGAGAACAUUCCCAAGGGCUUCGGUCGCUUCUACCCGAAGAACGGCGGCGCUAGUGGUGCGGGUGGAAAGGCUGGCGGUCCGCCCAAGGCGGCGCCCAAGACAGGUGAGAAGGGGGCAGGUGACGUUAAGAAGUUGAGCUCCAGGACUGCGGAGAGCAAGACUGGCGGCAGUGGAGGCAGCGGCGGCUCGUCGGGAGGCAGUGGAGGCGGCCCGAGCGGAAAGGAUGGCAUGGCGUAUCUCGUGCCUCUGGCUGUGGCGGCGCUGUUCCUGUCGGACUUGGCCUCGAUCGACAAGCCCAUGCAGGAAAUUACGUACCAGGAGUUCCGCAACACGUUUUUGGAGUCUGGACGGGUGGAGAAGCUCGUGGUGGUCAACAAGAAGUACGUGAAGGUGUUCCUGAACGACAUGGCUGGCGCUGCAACGGGAGCGAGCUCGGUACCGGGUGCUGGAAACGACUUCUCGGACUGGCAGGACCCCAACGCCAAGGGACAGCAUGAGUACGACUUCAGCUCGGAGCCUGAGCACCAUGGCAGCGGUGGUCGUGGAGUUAGCUUGCCUGGCAUGGGAUCGCGUGGCGGCGCUACUGGCCGUCCGAUCUCCAGUCCGACGUACUACUUCAACAUCGGCAGCGUGGAGGGUUUCGAGCGUCAGCUUGAGCAUGCGCAGCACCAGAUGGGCAUCCGCCCGCAUGACUACAUCCCGGUUCAGUACAGCAACGAGAUUAGCUUCACGCAGGAGGUGAUGAAGUUCCUGCCGACCAUUGUGCUGAUCGGUUUCCUGCUCAUGACGAUGCGUGGUGUUGGUGGCGGUGCCGGCGGCGGUGGUGGCGGUAUCGGCAACAUCUUCAAGGUCGGCAAGAGUCCGGCCAAGAAGAUCACCAAGGAGGACAUCAAGAUCUCUUUCAAGGACGUGGCCGGUGUGGACGAGGCCAAGAAGGAGAUCAUGGAGUUCGUGGACUUCCUUCGCAAUCAGAAGCGCUUCACGGAGCUCGGUGCGAAGAUCCCCAAGGGCGCGCUGCUUGUUGGCCCGCCCGGCACGGGUAAGACGCUGCUGGCGAAGGCUACCGCUGGUGAGGCCAGCGUGCCUUUCUUCAGCAUCUCCGGUUCGGAUUUCAUUGAGAUGUUCGUCGGUGUGGGUCCGUCCCGUGUGCGUGACCUGUUCAAGGAGGCGCGCGCGAAUGCCCCGUGCAUCGUGUUCAUUGACGAAAUCGAUGCUGUGGCCCGCGCACGUAGCAAGGGAAACUUCUCGGGCGGCAACGACGAGCGUGAGAACACGCUGAACCAGUUGCUGGUCGAGAUGGAUGGUUUCAACUCGAGCGAGGGUGUGGUGGUGCUUGCUGGUACGAACCGCGCCGAUAUCCUUGACAAGGCCAUCCUGCGUCCCGGACGAUUCGACCGCCAGAUCACUGUGGACGUCCCGGACAUCAAGGGCCGUCGCGAGAUCUUCAAGGUGCAUCUCCAGGGCUUGACGCUGGACGGCAACGUGGACGACUUCGCCCGUCGAAUGGCUGCUCUCACCCCCGGCUUUGCUGGUGCCGAGAUUGCUAACAUCUGUAACGAAGCCGCCAUUGUGGCCGCACGACGGAAUGGCUCGAGCAUCUCAUUCAAGGACUUCGAGCAGGCCACGGACCGUGUGAUCGGUGGACUGGAGACGAACCGCAUCAUGUCGCCCGAGGAGAAGAAGACGGUGGCCUACCACGAGGCUGGCCACGCUGUGGCCGGCUGGUUCUUGGAGCACGCCGACCCGCUGCUGAAGGUGACCAUUGUCCCGCGUGGCAAGGGUUCGCUCGGCUACGCGCAGUACCUUCCCAAGGAGGUGGCGCUGCACAGCCGCGAGGCCCUGACUGACAUGAUGUGCAUGGCCCUCGGUGGCCGCGCGUCGGAGCACGUGAACUUUGAUGGUCGGAUCACGACGGGCGCUUCCGAUGACCUGCGCCGUGUGACGCAGAUCGCGUACUCUAUGGUGCAGUUGUACGGUAUGAACGACCGUGUUGGCCAGCUCUCGUUCCCCAAGGAGGAGGGCGCCUACCCGGACAAGCUCUACAGUGACAAGACCUCGGAGAUCAUGGACGAGGAGGUGCAGAAGAUCGUACACAACGCGUACGAGCGCACCAAGCACCUGCUGAUGGACAAGCAGAACCAGCUGCACGAGCUGGCCGAGGAGCUGCUGCAGAAUGAGACCAUCAACCACUCGGACAUCGUGCGCGUGCUGGGCCCGCGUCCGUUUGGCGGCAACAAGACAUACAUCGAGUUCGUGGAGGAAUCCUGGAAGGACGCUGACAAAUAUGAAGCGGACAAGGCCAAGGCGCCCGAGGCAACACCCGAGGCGACGGCCGAAGCCAACAGCGACAACAGUAGCGAGGAGAAGAAGUACGAGGAGAAGUCGGAGUCGUCCAGCGAGGGCGACGCCGACGUCGACGCCAAGGACGGUGGCAAGAAGUAG